AUGGCACCGUUGACUCGAUAUCGCAUGGAUGAUGACUUCAAAGCGACACCCAUGAGCAAAGAGUACUAUGAGCAAAGAGCAUGUGUACCAGGUACCCUCAUCGUCAGCGAGGCAACCAUCAUCUCCAGAAACGCCAUCGGAUGCCGGAAUGCCCCUGGGAUAUGGUCCGAAGAUCAGAUUACUGCAUGGAGAGAAGUCACGACAGCAGUACAGGCCAAAGGCUGUGCGAUUUACUGCCAACUUUGGCAUCAAGGCCGGGCUGCAAAACCCGAUGUGCUGGAGGAGGAAGGCAUCAGUCUAGUUUCAGCCAGCGCGGUUCCUAUGAGUCCCCAAGAUCGGACACCAGAAGCAAUGACUGAAGAGAUGAUCUGGAAUACCAUAGCAGACUAUGCGGCCGCAGCCAAGAACGCAAUUGCUGCGGGGUUUGAUGGCGUCGAGAUCCAUGGUGCUAAUGGGUACCUGCCGGAUCAAUUCUUACAGACGACUUGUAAUCAAAGGACGGAUGGUUGGGGAGGAAGCAUCGAGCAACGAGCGCGGUUCCAUCUCGAAGUGACCAAGGCGGUAAUCGCCGCUGUUGGCGUGAAUAGAACAGCAAUGCGUCUGAGCCCUUAUAGUGACUUCAACGGCAUGCUGAUGGACGAGCCCGAGCCGACCUUCAGAUACCUGACGGAAGAGCUAAAGGGACUGGGCUUGGCUUACCUCCACCUCAUCGAAGCUCGCAUUACCGGUAAUGACGACUCAGACUGUGGAGGACAGAAGAAUGUGCGCUGGAUGGUCGAGCAGUGGAAUAACGCAAGUCCGGUCAUGCUUGCUGGGGGGUUUUUACCUGAAUCGGCGAAGCAGACGGUUGAUGAGACGUACAAAGACUACGAUGUUGUUAUCGCGUUUGGAAGAUACUUCGUUGCCAACCCCGAUCUCGUGUUUCGCGUCAAGGAGAGCGUACCAUUAGUCAAGUAUGACCGCGCGGUUUUCUAUACACCAAAGACACCAAAGGGGUACAUCGACUACCCACAUAGCCCGCAGUAUUUGAAAUCGAUGGCGAAGGCUUGA